CGCCAUUCGAAUUGCAAGGGGCGUUUGAUGGCCAUUCGGCGGGCACUCCUCACGCGACGCAGUGCCGUGCUUGGGCACUGGAGUAACAGCGUCGCCAGCGUCGCGGUUCCUACGUCUCAGGCAGCUUUUUCAUUCAGCAACGACCAUCGCAUCAAGCAGCAGCAACGUCAUGCUGCAGCUGUCCAUGGCCAGCGCAGGUUGUUGUCCACAGACGUCGACCUCGGGUACUUUGGUUCGUACAGUGAACGCACGGGCGAGUGGGAGCCAGACCAGAGCCAUUUGGACGAAGUGGUACGGUCGGACUCGUUGGACGCACAUCCUACCCUUCAAAGUCUCAUCCGCGACGACAUCGAAGAAGCAAGGCGGUUCUUCCGCAACGUGCUGCAAGUCCAUUAUCACAACGACAUGGACAUGUGGAACAAGUGGGCCACCAUGGAAUGGAAAGAUGGCAAGAUCGUCCUCGCGCGCAAAAUCUACGCGAAAGCGUCCAAGAUUCGGUUCAGUCCGGUGCUGUACCAGUCGUGGGGGACGAUGGAGUCGGAGCUCCAGAACUACAUGGAGGCGCGGCGACUCUUCUCGGUGAUCCUCGCCACCGACUCGAGCAACAGCCUCCAGGCGGCGAUGGCGUCCUUGGGCCUCGCCCUGGUCGAAGAUCGCUGUGGCAACACGGCAAAAGCGCGUCGCAUGCUCCUCCAAGCCAAGAAACGGUUCCCCGACGAUUUGCAUGUGGCCGAGGCGUAUGCACUGUUUGAAGGGCGGCAUGGCAAUGUCAAGCUGGCGCGGCAGAUGCUGUCGGCCAUAGCGGAGCGAGGGGAUUGCACACCCCAAGUGUUUCACGCGUGGGCGUACUUGGAAUUCCGACGAGGAAGUUACAACGAAACCCUGAGCAUCAUCGACCGGGGACUGGUGACCGACCCGUACGACAAGCCGCUGCUCAUGCUGCGGGCGCUGGCGCUGGCCAAGUCGGGCGACAAUGAAAGCGCCAGGGAAGCCUUUAUCAAACACACAAAGUUUGCCAAGGGAGACCCGAGAGCGUUCAACGCGUUUGCCCAAUUCGAAGAAGAGAACGGCAACUUCGAAGAGGCCCAGCGCAUCUAUCACUCGAUUCUGCAGCAGCAGCCCACGUCCGCGUCCAACAUCACGGGCUUGGCGUACUUGCAAGUGAAGAUGGACCCCGAAGGCGGCGUCGAGAGCGGUCGCGAUGCGUUCGCCACCGGCGUCAACAUUGCCGUCGACAACGCCGAGCUGUGGCAUAAUUGGGGGAUUUUUGAAGAGCGUCACGGCACGCCCGAGCUGGCCAAGCGGCUAUACACAGAGGCCGUGGAGAAGGCGCCGUGGGCGGCAGAUUACUGGUGCUCACUGGCGCGAGUCGAGUCAAAGCUCGGGGAUACAAAGGCCAUGCGCGUGACGUUAGACAAAGCCACCAUGAUGUGCACAAACAAGUUGCCUCUGCUUGUGGCACUGGCCAAGCUUGAGCUGAAGAACCGAAACUUUAAGCAAGCGCGGGAAGCCUGCGUCGCAGCGCUCAAAGUCGACAAGAACCGACCGUCUACGUGGAACUUACGGCAAGUGGAAGGAUGGUAAGAGGAGGGUAUAGAUAACACUUUUUUGCUGUGCAGGGCCAUGGUGGAGCUGGUCCACAACCCCGAGCGAGCCAAAGGCAUUGUCGAAAGCGCGCUCAAGAUCAUCCCUACGCAUGACCACGUCAGUUGGGGCAUCCUUCUCUGCACGUACGCUCGAUGCUACGCGGCGAUGGGAGACUACGACAACGCUGCCACGUCGUUCAGGGAAGCGAUCCGCCUCGAUGCGGGCAACUACCACACACACAUGUACUUGGCCAACUUCAUGGAGAAGAUGGGCGAGCUGGAAGAAGCCAAGAAGCGGUACGAGACGGCGAGUCUUCUCUGUCCGAGCAACAAGGUCCACCUCAUGGAGCGCCACAUCGCCGACGUGAUCGCGAAAGCUGAAAGCGAACGAGGUGUUUAGAGCUGAAAAGAGGUGCGUGCGGUAACAGUAGUAGUACUGACACCGCUACGUAUUUUUACUAGUAAUAUAAAAUAAGUACUAGUAUGUGAUAAUUUAAAAAGAAAACAUC